AUGGCCCACGAUUUACCCGUGUCUCCUGAGUUCCAUAGUAAAUUCAAAUGGAUCAAGAAACUUGGAAAUGGCUCAUUUGGUGCAGUAUAUCUCUUCGAGUAUCGACGCACUCGAGAAAAGUUUGCGUGUAAGUUAGCUCUAGACUCUGAAGCGCAAGCACUUCUCAUGCGAGAGGCUGCUAUUGUCAAGGAACUGCACCAUCCAAACAUUAUCGAGUUCGUCAGCAGCCAGUUUUCCUGGGAGGAGCAGCCAUUCUGUUUGAUAAUGGCGUACCAUCCUCUCGGCUCCCUGGAUAAUUAUCGCUUUUCCCACCAAGAGACCCAAGAAGUUACCCGUCAGUGCCUCAGAGCUCUCCAAUAUCUCGAAGCAAAAACCAUAUUUCAUCGAGAUAUUAAGCAGGAUAAUAUAUUGUUAAAGUCAACGUCCCCGUUGCAUGUCUGUCUCGCUGAUUUUGGUCUGGCGGUGACCAGUAGAGAAGGUGCCAUGGAGGGUGGUCAGUUUACUCACAUUGCUGUAGAAGUAUACCUGGGCUGCAGGUAUUCCUAUAUAGCUGAUGUCUGGUCUCUUGGGGUAACUGCCCUUUCUCUUCUCCGGCGGUUCCCAGAGCGAGAAGCUCAGCGUUUCCUCCAACUUGUUCAGGAUCAAGCAAAAGCGGCCGCAUUUUAUGAAAAACUGAUGGCGGAAGCUAGCUCUCUGCGGGGAUAUUUUGGAGAGCUAGUAAAACAUAUGCUGUGUGCCCCAGCAGAUCGAUGGACUGCGGCUGAAUGUCUACUGUAUUUGGAGGACAGUCCUGAUACCGCAACCAACCACCGUCGAGGUCAUGACCACUCUACUCGCAGGCGACGCUAA